CUGCACCUCCAGCCGCCGCCGCCGCCGCCCCCGGCCAGGGAAGCGGCCGUCCGGGCCGAGCCACCGCGGCCUCUGGGGGAGACGGUGCGACUGGAGCUGGUGCUGAAGGAUCCCACUGACGAAAGCUGCGUGGAGUUCAGUUAUCCGGAGCUGCUGCUCUGCGGAGAACAACGGAAGAAGCCCAGUCAUUCAGAAGAUCUGUUUAAUGAUGAGCAUCGAGAGAGACAUGAGGUGGAAAUGUUGGCUAAGAAGUUGGAAGCAAAAUAUGGUGUAAAAUCUAAACACCGGAAAGAUCGGCCACAAGAUCUAAUUGAUAUAGGUUUUGGGUAUGAUGAGACCGAUCCAUUCAUUGAUAACUCGGAGGCUUAUGACGAGUUGGUGCCUGCUUCUCUGACCACAAAAUAUGGAGGAUUUUAUGUCAAUACGGGUACACUACAGUUCCGCCAGGCAUCAGACACUGAAGAUGAAGAUUUGUCAGAGAAUCAAAAACACAGGUCACCUAAAGUUUCCAAAGUAAAAGAAGAUGAUAUUGGAAUAAAAAAGAGAAAGCGGAAAGAAGAAGGGGAGAAAGAGAAGAAGCCUAGGAAAAAAGUUCCCAAACAACUGGGAGUUGUGGCUUUGAAUUCUCAUAAAUCUGAAAAAAAGAAGAAGAAGCUCUACAAAGAUCCCCUUUCUUUAGAUGCCAUGAUAAGGAAAUUUCAGAAAGAGAAAGAAGCAUUAAAAAAGAAAGAGUCUAACUCCAAAACCCCAGUGACUAUGUUGACUUCUACUCUCAGCAAAUCCCCUUCAUCUGCAGCUACAGCAAUGGGAAAUGAAGUGUCAGACCUAAAUCUUAAUAGUGCUGACCCAGUCCUUUCCAUUUUUGGUAGCACAAAUGAACAUGAACUACUUCAGGAGGCUGAAAAUGCCCUAGAGAUGCUUGGCGAUUUAGACUUUGACCGACUCCUGGAUGCUACUUCCAAUGGUAGCCCAGUGUCUGAAUCAGGGGGAGAGAAUGGAAAUGCUCCCCAACCAGCCCACACCUCUCAGGUUCUUUUACCCAAGGUGGUACCCCCACUCCCAGAAGGUUUGCCAAUACGUCUUGAAAAACGAAUUGAAGAUCUCCGCAUAGCUGCCAAGCUUUUUGAUGAAGAAGGUAGGAAAAAAUUCUUCACACAGGAUAUGAACAACAUUCUACUGGAGCAUCUGGGUGUAAAAUCGUUAACAACAGAAACUUCUGAGUGCAGUCCCAAAAAGGAUCAGAAAAUACCUGCAUCUUUAUUGUCUUCAGUUGGUGGUUCAUCAGUGAGCUCUAUUACUUCAGCUGUUGCCCCAACCAGUUCUAGCAGUACACCAGCCCAGGAAACUAUUUGCCUUGAUGAUUCACUAGAUGAAGACCUUUCUUUCCAUCCGCCUUCACUGGAUUCUGUUUCUGAGGCAUUAGCUGUUAUCAAUAAUGGGACCAAGGGCCCUCCAGUUGGCUCUGGAAUAGGCAUACCAACUACAAGACCUCGCCCAGGACUUCGGGAAGAAAAAUUAGCAAGUAUCAUGAGCAAGCUUCCACUGGCUACUCCAAAAAAAAUAGAGUCAGCUCAGACUGCACAUUCAUCAAGUCUUAUUGCUGGCCAUACUGGACCAGUACCAAAGAAACCCCAGGAUUUAGCUCACACUGGCAUCUCUUCAGGCCUUAUUGCUGGUUCUUCAAUUCAAAACCCUAAAGUUUCCUUAGAACCUUUGCCAGCCAGGCUUCUUCAGCAAGGACUCCAACGGUCAAGCCAAAUCCAAGCAUCUUCCUCUUCACAGACCCAUGCUUCUUCCUCUGCCCAAGCCCAAGUUGCUGCCUCCUCUCAUGUUUUGGUGACUUCUUCAGAGGCCCAAGAAUCUUCCUCAGUAACACAAGCGACAAAGGUGCACCAGCAUUCAGCUGUCCAACAAAACUAUGUGUCACCAUUACAAGCCACCAUUAGUAAAUCACAGACUAACCCAGUGGUCAAAUUAAGUAGUAAUCCCCAACUUUCUUGUUCAUCCUCACUCAUCAAGACUUCAGAUAAACCACUUGUAUAUCGCCUUCCUUUAUCUAACCCCUCAUCUGGAAGUGGCUCUCAAGGAUCCCAUCCACUGGUCUCUCGGACAGCACCUAGCACCUCUACCUCUAGUAACUAUUUAGCCAAGGCCAUGGUGUCACAAGUUUCCACCCAGGGUUUCAAGUCUCCUUUUUCUAUGGCUGCGUCCCCUAAACCUGCUGCAUCCCCUAAACCCGCUGCAUCCCCUAAGCCUCCCUCUGCUUCCCCCAAACCUCCUGCUUCCCCCAAACCCUCUAUAUCAACUAAACCUUCUAUGUCAACUAAACUUAUCAUAUCUAAAUCAAAUCCAACUUCCAAACCUGCCGUAUCCCCCAGUUCUUCCAAUUCAAGUGCACUAGUAGCCCAGAGUAGCCACUCUACCAGUAACAAUCCAAUCCAUAAACAGCCCAGUGGAGUAAAUAUCAGCAGACAGUCUCCUACCUUGAAUUUACUGUCCUCUAGUCGCACGUCAGGCCUUCAGUCUGCAAAAAAUCUUCAGGCCUCUUCAAAAUUAACUAACCCAGCAUCCACUGGAACUGUUGGAAAGAAUAGCUUGAGUGGAAUUGUAAUGAAUGUACCUGCCAACAGAGGUGGCAAUCUUAAUUCGAGCGGAGCUAAUAGGACUAGUCUCUCUGGGGGGACCGGAAGUGGAACACAGGGUGCUACUAAACAGUUGUCUGCUCCACAUAGACCAUCCACUGCCUCAGGGUCUUCAGUUGUAACAGCCAGUGUGCAGUCCACAGCAGGUGCAUCCUUAUUGGCUAAUGCCUCGCCUCUCACUCUCAUGACAUCACCACUGUCUGUAACAAAUCAAAAUGUGGCUCCUUUUGGGAUGCUAGGGGGCCUGGUUCCUGUCACCAUGCCCUUUCAGUUUCCUUUGGAGCUACUUAGCUUUGGCACCGACACAGCAGGAGUGACAACCACCUCGGGAUCUACCUCAGCUGCUUUCCACCAUAGCCUAACUCAAAAUAUGCUGAAGGGUUUACAGCCAGGAGCUCAGCAUGCAACAUCACUUUCUCACUCACCUUUGCCUAGUCACCUACAGCAAGCUUACAAUGAUGGAGGCCAAAGUAAAGGGGACACUAAAUUACAACGGAAAACUCAGUGACUUCCCAGCUAGCAAAGGAUUUGGAACAUUUGAUUGGCUGAUGGGAUCUAACUGAUGAGAAAGUACUUAUGUGGUCACAGGGCUGCUGUUUCUGUCAAUGUUUACAUUCUCUCGUCCCAAGCACUGUGGUGAGGAGGAAAAGGAAAAGAAAAACAAUACUUGAUCAAAGCCAGGUGCAGGAGGAAGAAAGGCUUUUGAACAGACUUAGAGACCUUGCUCUCUUCUACAGAAAGACAAAGUUAAAAUGCUAACUGGCUUUAAAGCGAUUCAGUUGUCAAACCCACAGAAGUACAAACUUGAUUUUCCCCAGGGGAGGAAGAAAGAAUUUGAACAGAUUUGGGUGAAUUUCAUCCAUCCUGGGGGUUGGGGCCUGACCACUCUGGGUGCAGAUAUAAUUUCAUAAUAAA